AUGCCGACUGGAUACCAGGCCCUGUGGACCUGGUGUGUUUUUAUUGUCAUUCUCACAGGAUUGCUGGGCGCCGGAUUGCGCUGCGGCUACUCCCCCUGCUGUGAGUGCGCGUUCUCCAGCCGGUCCGGAUUGCACAUUCGGUUCUUCGGGAGAGCUGUGAGAAAUGACAUCGGAAAAAAGACAAAUGACAUUCCAGUCAGCAUGGGGAAUGAAGCCACAGCUCACUUGCUGGUGUGCUUCACCUGUAGUGAUGCGUCCUCCAACUGGGGUUGUCUGGCAUCAACUACAUGUCAAAGUAGUGAAAACUACUGCGUGACCACGUAUCUCGGUGCAGGAAUUGGCGGACAAUCCGGGCCGAGAAUCACCAAGGAGUGUGCUUCAGAGUGCUCCAGUCAUGGGAUAAGCUAUGGGAGACUAACGGAGUAUGUUUCCUGCUGCAGUUCAUUCUUGUGCAACAUCAGUGGGGCCAACAGCGUGAAAAUCAGCUACUCGGUGCUGGCCAUGGAGAUCUUGGCCAGCUUCAUCUACAUCAGGGCCGGACUGUGAUGGGCCAGGAAAAAGAACUUGAUGGCCUGAAGAACCUGCUCAGGCUUUUCCAUUGAGACACCAAACCCCUCUCUGUGCAAAGCUAUACUGGGGAUACCAAUGGUGCCCUUUCUUCCAAACUCUCUCUCAGAUCCCAUUAGACAAUA